CAUAUACAUAUCACCUUUUAAAAAAUAUUUCCUUCAGGUCCUACGGAUUGUAAAUCUUGAUAAGAUGGCUGCCGAUGCAAAAACGGAAGAAUUGUUUACGCUACUAGAAAAUGGUCAACUUCGAAGCACUAAUCUUGCAAAACAAGACUUCAACACUCUCAGAAAUGCUGACAAUGAAAAUGUUCUCAUAGUUGCAGCUAGAACGGGGCAAGCAGAUAUUGUAAAAGAUUUCAUCAGUGAUUUUGAUUUGGAGGAUACAGAUGCUGAUGGUUGGACUGCUCUACUUGACGCGGCUUAUAUGGGACAUGAAGAAGUUGUGAAAAUAUUGCUGGAAGCUGGGGCAGCUGUCGACUAUUCUGAUAUGCUGGGCUGGAGUCCAUUGAUGUGGGCUGUAUACAAGAAUCAUUAUGCAUGCGCACAGCUUCUGAUCCAAUUCAAGGCUCAUGUUAAUCUUAUUGAUGAAGAAGAUAACUUAACACCACUUAUUAUUGCCGCUGGACGUGGCUAUGUACCUUUUGUAGAACUGCUCAUUGGUGCUGGUGCAGAGGUAAAUGCAUGUGAUAAAUUUGGAAGUACUGCUUUAAUUUGGGCUGCAAGGAGAGGUUAUAAGCCUAUAAUCGAGUUAUUGUUGGAUGCUGGAGCUGAAUUAGAUGCUGUUGGGAUGUAUGGAUCGACUGCUUUAAUGAUGGCCACACGAGGUAAUUUCAUUGGUAUUGUUAAAUUAUUGUUAUCAAGGGAGCCCAACAUCAACACUGUCGACCAGAAUGGCCUUUCACCACUUGCUAUCGCAGCACGUGAAGGUUAUGUAGAAAUUGCUUCCAUGUUCAUCCAACUUGGGGCGUAUGUAAAUGCAGUUGACAGGUUUGGAAAUUCAAUUUUGGCAGGUGCUGUACGAUCAGGAAAUGUGGAAAUUGUGAAAAUGCUUCUCGAAAAGCAUGCCGAUGUGAAUGCGAGAGAUUCCGAAAAUAGAACAGCUCUUCAUUUGGCUAUCGAUAAGUCAUUUAUGGAUAUUGCAGUUGCUUUAUUGGAAAAGAAGCCAAACUUGGAAAUAAGAAAUAAGGACGGUGAUACACCAUUGUUGCGCGCUGUGAAAAAUCGACAUGUAGGUUUUUGUCAGUUACUUGUAAAUUCGGGUGCAAAAGUCUCGGCAACGGAUAACGCCGGUGAUAAUGUAUUACAUGUGGCAUUACGAGCAAGAUCACGAAAAAUAACGCAGUCCCUUUUGUUGAAUCCGUCGGAUUCGCGCCUGUUGUACAGACCAAACAAACUUGGUCAGACACCAUAUUCAAUUGAUCAGGAAAAUCCUCAGCCAAUUAUCCCAUUAAUUUACGGACCACUGGAUGCCGAAGUACAAGUGGAUGCUAUGCUUGGUUACGAUAUUUAUAGCAAUGUAUUGGCUGAUAUUGUGUGCGAACCGAAUCUAACUUUACCACUAACCAUUGGACUAUAUGCAAAGUGGGGUUCAGGAAAGUCAGUACUUCUUGACAAAAUGAAAGAUUCAAUGCGGUCAUUUUCAAGAUCUUGGCUCGAUGGAGUACAACUUUCAUGGUCCUGGUCAUUGGUUUUCUCAGUAGCACUUCUUAUUGUGAUGCUUACACUUAUCAGCAUUACUGCUGUUGCUUUUCUUCAUAACCUUUAUUAUAUUAUUGCUGUCAGUGCUUCUGGCUUAAUCCUGUUUAUUCUAUCGUUGUUUUUAUACGGUUUAAUUUAUUAUGGUAACAGUGUUAAAGGGUGGAAUAAAUCCGUAAAUGUCGCACGUUCGAUUGCUAAAUUUUUGGCACAUAUGCGUUUACUGUCAAAUGUUGCACUGCAACAUGGUGCAUCAGUCCGGGACAAAGACGUCCUUUCUUGCCCUGUAAGUUUCUUGUUUGCCGAUUAUCAUCGUUUAUCAUCUGUUGGUGGUGAGCAGGCGUUAGCAAAAAUCGUUAUUACAUUAUUUGAAGCUGCCGAAAAUCAUUUUGGUUCACUUCCGGUGCGCCUAUUUUGCGCUUUGAGAGUUUCAUUUGCGCAUGGCAACAAACCAAAAACACGACGAGCAUGUGGUGUACCGGUUACUAUGAUGGUGUCGUUUUUCUUAUUCUCAAUCAGUACAGCUUUAAUUCUAUUUACAUUAUGGCUUUACGAUGGAAUGGAUCUUCAGUCUAGCUAUUUAUUUGGGUCCAUAUCAUUCUUCGCUGUUGCGGUGGUACUUAUGUUGUAUCCACUUUAUCUUCUUUUUGUUUAUGGAUUUGUCAAUAUGCCAAAGAGACGCAUAAAUAUUGCGGCACAGAAAAUCAACAAAUUGCGUUUUGAAGGAUUUAUGCAAAAAUUACAGCAUGAGGUCGACCUUUUGGCCAACAUGAUUCGCUCACUUGACUUUUUUACAAACAGUCAAACUCGAUUAAUUGUUGUAGUUGAUGGCCUUGAUAAUUGUGAACAAGAGCGUAUGGUACAAACUUUAGAUGCGUUGGAGCUAUUAUUCUGUACCCGUGCUGAUCGGCCAUUCGUAGUAACUAUUGCUGUUGAUCCGCAUAUUAUUAUUUCGGCUGUAAAUCACAGCAUGCAUUCUGCACUAGCAGGAACUGAACUUACUGGACAUGAUUACCUCAAGAAUAUCAUUAAUAUGCCAUUUUAUCUGCACAAUUCAGCCAUUCGACAACUCCAGACAAAUUUGCGUAACAAAAGCGAAAGCUUAGCUGAUUGGAAGGAAAGAUUCAGGCGACAAGAUACUUUUCAUGGGUCUUAUAUAUCCUUGCGAGAAGGUUUUGAAGGAAAAUCAUCAAGAAAGGUAACGGUUGUAGGAACUCGUGGAUUAAGCCAUUCGUUAAUAGCAGAUGACUAUUUCUCUAAUAUGAACCCACGGUCAAUGAAACGCAUUGUCAACGCGCUUACGUUGACGGGACGAUUGAUGCGUGCAUUUGAAAUUGAAUUUUCGUGGGUUUCACUUGGUUAUUGGGUUAGCUUAAUUGAACAGUGGCCAUCUAGGAUGUGUUGGCUUAUUGAUCGUGCGUUAGAUAUUCCACAAGAUUCAUAUCCGCUUGCAGAGCUGUAUAACCAUCUGAAGCAACAAAUUCCAAAGAAGGACCCACUAAUAGAUUUGGAUCGAAAUCCGGAUAAUUUCGAAUCUUUCCUGGAACAAGCAUCCAUGAUUGGUCCAGAGCAGUUGACUGUCGGACACGUUCGUCGUUUUGUCCCGUGUACAUCUAAUUUGGAUCCUUAUCUUAGAAAACUCAUCAGAGAAUGUCGUAUUGGCACUGCACAACCGGUUAAAACACUUGCUAAUCGGCCGUUGCACCUAUCUGGUUUCGUAAUCUCCGGCCUCGCUUGCCAUCUUUUCAAAGACAAGAACAUUUGGCGAGAAAUUGAAGUACCACUCGUUGAAAUGAAAUUAUCAGAUAUAAUUGACCUGGUGAAAAAGUUAGAUAUUCCUAGUGAACGAAUAAGUGUUAUUACUGAAAAAAUGAGUGCGUCCAAUCUUACCGGUCUUGUUUUAUCGGCAUGUGAUUUACUGGAAGUGCAAGAAGUUUUGAAGUUGAGUUUGGGUGAUUGGACAUUGUUGAAGUUGUUAAUUGAGACGCUUCGAACUUGGAAACCAGUGGUGCUUCCGGACACUAUUGAAACUCCUUCCUUGAUGUCAGCCGUUCCUGCUUUAGCAAUAUCACCUUCUCCAAAUUCAAUGCAAGAACAAAAAGAUCGGAUUCCUAUACAGGCAGAAAUGGAAGGUGAUCAUCAGUGGAUACUGGAAAGUUUUUCUGGCAUGGAUAUUGCAGAAGUGGAUGACGUACUUCCUGCUUCUUCUGCACCAUCCGUUCAUUUUAAUGAUGGAGCUGCAUCGGAGCGGGAUAGUAUUGAAAGUGUUUGUGGGUCAUGCGAGAAUUUGUUGGAAUCGGAAUCCAUUUUGCAAACCCGGCAAGAAUUGGGAAGUAUGACGCAUGUGGAUUCAGUUCAUUCCGAUAUCAGUUAUACAGGAACGCACGGUCGAUCGGUAUCUCGUUCUCAUCUACCGAUUAUUCUCGAUAUUUCUGACAAUCAAGAAACAGUGAAAGAAGUGAGCCCUUCUAAACGGCUUUCAGUAUUAGGUAUUUUUAAUCAUAAUCAUGGUGAUUGUUGACCUUUUUCCAUGACUCUUCUGAAGCGAUAGUUGUGGUCAGUAUAAUAUAUUAGCUUAACCAUGCUAGCGAUUCAUGUUCCUGUUACCUGUUAUAGAUGUUAGAGAAUAAAUCUAGCUCUUUCUGGUAAGCAUAAUGGACUUGUUGUGCUAAUUUUUCUAUUAACUUAUAUUCUUGUUUUAGUAGGAUGAUACCUUCUCUUCAGUUUCUAUAUGUACCUUCUCGUCAGUUCUUAUUUUCCAGGAUUUCAAUUCUGUACCAGACUUAGCAUGAAUAUUUUUUGGUUUUUGAAAUGUCUUCCGAAGAUACAAAUUGUCAACCUUGAAAUUAGAAUUAUUGAGCUUAACAGUAUCAUUUCUCCUAUGUGUUUUCGUGUUUCUAGUCAGUAAUACCAAUUAAUAUUGAUUUCACUUGAUUUUUUUGACUUUAAUAUAUGACUAAAAAUAUUGUUUAUAUAUAUAUAUAUACUGU